AUAGUUUUCUCUACAUUUUUGUUGAUAAUUUAAUUCUCGUGGUAUAUGUGUCGGGGGAUAUGUUAUACUAUGGAUCAUUAACAUUCAGCACUAAUUGCAGCUCCAUUCUCUAGGAACAAAUAUCAUUGUCGCACCCGACGCCAAAGAACGAUAAUGCACUGCGCUCAAAAAUGGCAUACCCGCCUAUCGCACUUCCGUCCGCUCUUCCUUCUGAACUCUUAACUUGGAUACUAAAUCAUAGUGCCUAUCCCACCACUAUCUUGAUCUGUAAAUCUCGCGCGGCAUUUGUCUCCUCCCUCCUGGCAGACAUCACCUCGAACACCUCAUUACCACCAGCAUCCUCUCCUCAAUAUCCAAUUAGCGCCACUGCUCCAGUUGAAACACUCUCUCACUCGCUCCUCCUCAAAAUCCUCCAUCAGAUCUCCAUUUCACGCCAUAUUUCCUUCCUUUAUGUCCCUACGACCUCUCAUCUGCGCGCCUAUCUCUCCGUCCUCUCCCCAGAGACACGAUCGAAAAUUGAAGCUCCACCGGAUCUUGAAUGGGAUAAGCUGAGUAUAAAAAGGGCAAUGAUUGUUGUGUAUGGGUUGGUAGAGCUACAUAGGGAUACAAGCGAAUGGAGUGCUCAGGGGUUAAAUAGGAGUUUGGCGGGCCUGGUGGACAUGGGUGGAAGGCAUAAGAGGGCUGUUGUGUGUCUAGAGGAGAGGACGAAGGAAAAGAGGAGAAGUGAUGAAUUGAACUUGUAUGGUGAGGGCGAGGGUGAUUUUGACGAUACAAGCAAUGACGGGGACGGAAUGGGAUCGGAUGAAAACAGGCGACGAGAUAAAAGAACCUGGAAUGGAUGGGAUGAGAAGGUUCCUAUGCUCAAUGGAAGUGUGAGGCGUGCUGGGUCAGAGAGUGAAGAUAGCGGUUGGAGUGGUAGAACUGUAGAGGUUGGGCGGAUAUUCGCGAGAUGGUUUGAUUUUCAGAAAGCAGAGUGGGAUCAUGGCACAUAAAAAUGUAGAGAGAAAUACAUUUGUUUUGAGGUCAUUCUCAUGCUUAAUCAGUAGGUAUACCCAACGCCCCAAGCCGCUUC